GGCAUUUCCCAGACUCUCCCCUUCCCGCUCAAACAGAGUCAAACAGUUGUUCCCCACUUCACAGCGCGCUCACUUCGUGAGGGUGGAUGGCCUUGUAACUCCUUCCAAUCUCACAAACUGCAGGCAGCCGCCUACAUCAUCCCAUGACCAUGUUACGAGCUAGUUAAGAUACCAGGAUCGCAUACCUUAACUGGCCAGAGCAUGUCCGGACCCUCCACCGAUGGCCGCCCUUCACCGUCUCCGAACCGGUCCGCGCACUCGUCGCCUACACUACAUUCUCGGUGGUCAGGCGUACUACCCGACAAUGGGGAGGGGAGUAGCUCGUCGCAGAGGCCGACCCUGGCAGGGUCAAGUCACAGCAGUAGAGCGGGGAAUGAGGCUUCAUACAGGGUAUCCGAGGAUUCUGGGAGUCCGUUGGGUGCGGAAUCAAUAGCACAGCAGGACUUUGCGCAUAGGAGACAUAAGAGUACGCGGUUUGGGGGGUUUCUGUUGGACGGGACGUUUCCUGAGGGUCCAAGAGCUAGACACAGGAGUGGGAAUGGGGUGCAGAGAGGUAGGAAGGAGAGGCAGAGCGCCAGUCUGGGCGAGGAAUAUGGACAUAGGCGGAGUGAGCGUGCGAGGAAUGCGGAGCGGGAAUCUACGAGCAGCUCCUCCUUGUCUCGGGAAGUGUCCAUGCAGGAGCAUGAUGUGGUGGACGAAGCCGGGAGCUCCGGAUCUGCAAAUCGAUACCCGGACAACGAACAACUGCGCGCACGGAAAGCUAGGCGCGAGCCAGUACCCCAGGAUCCGAGCGAAGAAGCCGCCCGACCACCGAUAGACCCCACACAGAUUGUGCAACUGGCUCUUAGUUUGAGCGAGAGCAGACGAAGGAAUCUGAGUGCCGGACAGCUGAUUGGCCCCUCGCAAGGCGGUUCCUCACGAGUGGCGUCCAUCGCGAGACAGAAGGAUAAGAACCUUCGGGAUCUUGAAACCGGUGGCAGCUUGCGGAAAUACCUAAACGAACAACGGCGAGUGUCUGGCAACAUCUCCCCUUUCGGUGGCCGAGCGGGUGGUCUGAUGCGGGAGGUUACUGACGGGACUUUGGAACGAGCCGCGAAAGCACGGGCGGCGAUUGAGUUGAGGAUGGAAUAUCUACGACUGUUGGAUUACCUGCCGCCUCUUAAACCUAAUGCUUUUGCUCCGGGCAAUUAUACAACGACUUCGACUGCUAUCCCCGGCAGCCCUUACGCAGUGAUGACACGGAUACCGUCAUAUUCGGGAAAGAAACACGCUUUAGGCCGCCCUUACAACCCUCUGCAGUAUCUAAGGAACCGGAGGACAAGAGCUCGCGAGAGAAUGAACCUCCAGCAUACGCCCGAGGAGUUUGCAGACGCAGAGAAAGCCAGAACCUGGGUUGAUCGAGUGGAGAAGGAGUCUGCUCGUCCAGACUAUCGCCGUGAGGACCGUGUCCACUUACCUGAAUUUGACGAGGAUCAUGGGAGAGAUGCCGUUCCUAGCAAGCCGACGAAACAUCGUAUGGGAUGGAACUUCACUACUGAGGAGCUUUUCGCCGAUGUUCUUUGGCUUGAGCAGGAUGGGAACAAGGCGCUGAUUGAAGAUCGGCAUGGGCACAAGGUCUUUCCUCAAUUAUCGGAACGGGAACCGCCGAAGAAAUCAGACCUUCUUGAGCCGCGUGCAAGCAAGGAAUACGCGGACAAGCGCAAGGCAAGUCUGGUGGAGAGUCUACCGGGCGUCGGGGAGCCCACAACGGGUGACGAAAGUGAGCCUUUGAGCGAGAGAGGUCGGAAGCGAAGAAUAAUACCGCCGUUCCGACCUGAGAGUCCGAAGCUCAGAGCACUUGCACCACUUCCUCACCUACACACGGGAAAGGGCAGAGAAGGCCGCCGCGGCACUGAUUCCGAGGUGUCGUCCGAUUUUGAGCUCGAUCUCUCGAAGUCCAAGUCAGCUCGCCAUAUUGUGGAACCAUCCUUGAAUACCGGCGCCCUUGGUUUGCAUCUUGAGAAGUUACUAGCGAAGGAGGCGGAAGGGGCCCAAGGGAAGUCGCCUGCUUUUGUAUCGCCCGAUACGCCUGAUAAAUGGGGAAUCGGGUUCCCGGGUCUCUCCAAAAGUACCACAGGUCGUGACUCGUUAGAAUCGGCAGGAUAUACGAGCGGAUCGGUAAGAGGCGAUGUGCGAAGGGGGCUGAAAGUCCCGCCUGCGAAUCGCAUACGCCGAGAGGAACUGGCUGGGGAACAGAGAACUUCCCUCGAUUACAGCAGUGCGCCAGGUACACCUCUUCAUGCACCGAAUCUGACUCGAGUCGAGAGUGAACCUUCGCCGCCAGGGAGCCGUGGCCGCGAUGCGGUCAAGCCCAAGAAGGGUAGACUGGAUUUCUUCCGCGUAGAUGAAAGCGCCAGAAGCAGCCCGAAGUUCGACAGCUUAAGGCAUGAACCGUCUUCAGCUAGUAUGGGAAAGACCGGAAGCAGACGCACAAAUACUGAGUUUCCGGAUCCAGCUGGGCUAGGACACGCCGUGAAGUCCUUGCUGACGCAUAAGAAAGAGGAGAGUAUCAGCACUUUGGGCAGCCCGAAUCAGCGGAAGAGCAGAGAUUCCAGAGAGUCGAAAGAGCCUUCGUCUGCCGUCACGCGUUUCUUAAAGGGUGUCAAGAGCGAAGGCACCAAAGUUGGGGAGUUUAUCUUCAAGAGAGACCGGCCUUCUUCGGAUUCGGAAUCUGACGUAGACUUUGACGAUGCGUUGGAGGGAGACUUGGAUGCUGGGGAAGACUCGAGUAAGAAGAACGAAAGAGGUCUUGGUUACAGUCCCACUCCUGUCAGUACCGGGUCGAAGACUGGUAAUAACUACCAUAUUGAGCUACCUACAUUCCGAUCUCAGCAUGAAGCAGACAGUGGCAGAACUCUGGUAUCGGAGAUCGAGAUAGAGGACCACGUCACCAAGCAAGCUCGAGCUAGAGCUAACAGCCGCUCACCACGCUUCGAUCGUCUCGCACCUCCGCGCAUGAACCUAGGUUCAAUAUCCUCCAGAUCCUCCCCAGGCCAAUCUCCCUCUCUGUCUCCCCGUCCCCACGAGCUCGAAAGGGUCCACAGCGACACUAUCUACACCCGUCGCCCCAGCCAACCAGGCAUCUCAAGAGCCUCAACCUACGACGUCUACUCCGACGCUUCUAGCCGUUGUGACCAGGAUCACCCGCGUCCCCGUUUCGCCAGCCGUCACUGGAGCAUCACUGACGACGAUCCCAAUAACCCUCGCCGCUUUACAACCGCCCAUGUCCCUACCGCGUCCGAUAUUGCACGUAUCCGCGCCUUGUUCCUCUGCUCGGGCAUCAAGGCCCGCGAAAUCGCUCGCCGCGCGCAGACGAAGCGAACAGAGGCCCCCGCUUUCCUAAGGGAUGCCGCCAAAGCCGCAAACGCGGAGCUGAUCCCCGUCGCCAGGAAAGAAGAGCAUGCGCUCGCUGCCAGGAUCCUGGUUCGAAACCUCGAGGCCUCGACGGCGGCGGUGCAGAAAUCGGCAGAGCGGUAUCGCACGCAUACCAUCACGGAGCUGAAUCGCGCACUGACGAAUGUCAAGGCGCGCGUGGAGUCGGAGAUGAUUCCGCGCGUGCGGCAGGGGGCGGACGAGGCGCAGAGGAUUUCGAGCGAGGUUGGGGCGAAGGCGCCGCUGGAGGUUCAGCAGGUGGUGGAUGGGGUGGAGAAGAUGCUGAGGGCGAGGAGGAGGCGGACGAGGUGGGUGACGCGGCUGCUGUGGGGGGUGCUGGAGUGGAUGCUGUUGGCGAUUAUGUGGGGGGUUUGGGGGGUGGUGAGGGUUUUGGUGGUGGUGAAGAUGGUGACGGCGGGGGUUGGGUGGUUGGUUUUGGUUAUUAGGUGGUUGCUUUGGGUAUAGAGGGAGGAGGGAAGGGGGGAUUUUUGUUGGAUGUGGAGUUGGGUUGUUUGUGGGAUUGCUUGGAUUCUUAGGGAUGGGGAUGGGCGUAUGGUGAUGGGGUUUUGAGUAUUGUGGGUUUGGCAGGGGCGGUGUUAUUGAUACCAUGUACAAGAGAGUCGGGACUGAGGCGCGUGGGUUUAGCGUUGCUACCCCUAUUGUAAUAAUGG